GUGGGCGAGCGAGCGGCGGCUAGCAGGUCCCUCUGCAGCCCGGGGGGCUCCUGCUGCCUGCCGGCUCCGUCUCCUGCGGGGUUUUCGUGAGGUUGUAGCGUGCGAUUCUAUGGCUGUCGGUUUCUUUUCCUUCUCCGGUCGCUGGCAUGCCUAAAGUGAGGGAAUUUUUACCUAGUUUUUUAGGUAUAACAAGGGGAGGUUUGCCAGUCAUACUAGUACCGGUAAGUAGUGGGCAGCAGGCCCUGUCCUUGUCUUUGUCGAGACUUGCGGUGGCCAAGCAGCGAAUUUUUGGUGCUGGGGAUUUCCCUGGUCUAGUACCAGUUUGCACAAACAGGUGUCAGCGCCUUGAUGGGUAUGCACGGCAGUGAUGGGUCAACACGAAAAAGUACCUUGGUGUUUGGAGGCAGAACUGGGUUUCUCCUGAACAUCCCCAAGAUGGAAAAACUUUAAUGGAGAGUUUGCCUUUAGGUUGCAGGAUGAAGUCAGGAGUGUAUUUUUGGAAGAGGACGAGAUAUCUUUUUAAGAAAGCAACUGAAGAAUAGAAGGAGAGGGAAGAGGAAUAAUGUAAUUGUUGCUUCCUUCCAGUUAGUCAUGGUUUACCCCCAAGUCCUCUCACACCUUUCCAAUACCUUUCAGCUGCUGGAGAGAACUUACACAAGCAACCACAGCAGCAGAGCCAGACUGCCCGGUACCAUGCACCUUGGAAAGAGAGCAAUGCUCCCGACAUCCUGUUGAUGUAAAGAAUGACAGUGACAGAUCCACUAGAGUAAGAUAAUCCAUUGGGCUUUCGGGUAGUUUGCUCUUCUAUAAAAAUCACCUGUCCAGGAGCAAACCUGCAAAAAUGCUGUCUGUAUUCUGUUCUGUAGGGGAGGAGAAGCUGGAGCUUUUGCUUUGUCUUUUAUACUUUAAAGUGGGCAGGUUUUUUUCCCCCAAAAUUCCAUCCUUGUGUGAACUUUCUUUCCCUUUCAAGCCAUGUUUCUUUGACUGCCAGCACAUAGUGGAAGAAGUAGUAGAUGUCUGGCUUCCCCUACUGGAGUUUGUAUCAUGGGAGGUUCUGCACAUACAGAGCAAGUAAUUCCAUGGUGUACUAUAUACAUUGCUAACUUGUUUUUUUCUUGUACUUAGCUGCCAAAUUACUAAAGAUGGUAGCUAGUCUGUGCCACUAAAGAAUUUUGAGGGUGUGUGAGGGAAACUGUUGGCUUUUUUUGUGUGUCUGAUGUCACUGUGCAAGAACCAAAAACAAAGGGAGGAAAAGGUCAGGAUAAACAAGUUAUCGAAGACAGCAAAUGUGUUUUGUAGCCAACUAUGCAGGGGGAUGGGUAUCCUACUGUAUGUGCUGGUUCAGUCUAGGGUAGAGUGAAUUUUCCUCAUGGGCACUGGUUUGGGGUGAUGUUUUGUGCUGGAAACAGGGCUGAUAACUCAAGCAUGUUUUCAUUACUUCUGAGCAGGACUUACUCAGACCUUUUAUGCUCCUGACAUCACCCAACCCAGCAGGUGGGUUGGGGGUGCAGAAAUUUUUUGGAGGCUACACAGCUGGGACAGCUGAUUCCGACUGACUCAGUGGAUUUCCCAGGCCGUAUGGUGUCAUGAUCAGCAUGUAAAGCUGGAGGAAGGAGAAAGAAGCAGUUGGGGCUUCAGGGUGGUGUCAUUUGUCUUCCCAAGUCACUGUUAUGAGUGAUGGGGUCCUGCUUUCCUGGGGAUGGAGAACAUCUGCAUGUCCAUGGGAAGUGCUGAAUGAAUUCCUUAUUUCACUUUUCUUGUGCGAACAGCUUACGCUUUCCCUAUUGAACUGUUCGACAUUUAUCCCUCUGAUUUUCUCCCCCAUCCUGCUGAGAAGGGCGUGAGCAAGCAGCUGGGCAGUCAGUACUUAGUUGCUGGGUGGGAUUAAAUCACAACACUGUACUGAGCUCAUUAGCAGUGAUAUAGAAGCUUUCCAAAAUGCUGUAAACUGCACUUGUGUCCAGAUGAAUAACUUCAGACAGGUGGAUGGACACAGAAGAAAGUCUGCCUCGAAGCCUGCUUUGUUGUGGCAACUGUAUACAAAUCAGUAAGCUGUACACUGAAAGGGGACGAGAAAAAGAGGCAGUGUUGAGGGUAGUCGGUUUAGGCUCUCUUCAGUAAUACCAAGUCAUUGUUAGGGCUUGAUUUCUGUAUUAGCAACUUCUGAAAAUUAUAACAGUGAGUUGCAGUGGAUUGAUGGGGUUGUGCAACUGUGUCCUCAAAAAGCCAGCUGCUCACAGAACAGUUAGGAAGUUUUGGUCCUACUUUAAAAAGUACCUUAGGUGGCAUCUAAAUUUUAUUCCUUUUAGGAGGAGUUUGUUUUGACUAUUUCAAACUCCCUUGAAGUUCCAGGGAGCAGACCUGAACCUGGCAUCUGGGUCAUUAAGCUUUAGAUUAAAACCUUGCUAAUCCACAUUUUAAACUGCCGUGGCUGAUGUCAGAAUUGUGGUUGAGGUCUCACGCAAUAAUCAUGUAAGCACAAAAUUAGAGCAGCUUAUCUGAAAUGAAUUUUUUUAAAAAUUAAUUUUCUGGUGGGACUUAAACCAAAGCACUCAACAGGAUUAGUAGGAGAAUCAGUAGGAAAAAUCUAUUCAGAGGUUUUAUAUAAAUUGAUCAAACUAAUUUUUUAAAACAUGCACAAGCUAGACUUAUCAUGGUUUUUGUCUAAAGUGAUUCCAGUCUUACACUUUUUCAGUAAAGAGACCAUAAAAAGCUCUAGCUCAAAUGGAAGGAAUAGUUAUAAAAAAAGUAUGUAUUUCUUUUUCCUUCUGAAAUGAAUAAUGUGUUCUGAUGCAGUGUAAGCCUGCUUCAGACAAUAACAAAUGCCUCCACAUGAUCAAAAUAAUUUUCUCUGUGAAGAGGUAUUUACAAAAUAAAAUGUAUUGUUUAUGUUUUAAAUACCUGAAAACAGUAUUUUUUUCCCUGUUGGCUAGGAAAGUCAGUACCUAGCAAUUCAAUAUCUUGCAUUUAAUUGUGCUUGUAAUUUUCAUUUACAAAAGGAAUUACUGUGGUUUUAUUCUACUUCUUUUCUUUCCGUCCCUAGUGGCAUGGAAAUAAAAGUUUUUAAAAGUUAUGAGGUAGUCUUAAGAGUGUGAGAGAAUGCUUGUACUCUCCCUACAGCUUCUUUUUUUACCACAGAAGAGUUCUAGUAUAUGUGAGAGAAGAGUUCUAGUAUAUGUGAGUAUCAUGUUUAGGUACCAGGGUAUGGAGGAUACACACCCUCUGAUGUCACUGGGAGCUACUUUAGACCAGUUGUGCUUUCUGCUCAGAAAGACACAAUGCAAUAGACACAUUGUGGUAGUUGAGUGCUGCAGCUGCUUUCUAGGAGGUGAAAUCAAUAGUGACAAAUACAUGAGCUUUGGUAGGAUUGCAGGAAACAUACUGUGUCAAGACAAUGGCCAGAUGUGAGUGAAGUUGCAUGAUUGUGAUUUAAGCAAGCCUAUUCUCUCUGUCCUCUAGGCCUAUGUCCUGAAUUUCUAUAUAUUAUUUAAUUGGUUGAAAAUUAAAACUAAAGGUCCAGAAUUGCAUGAAGCCAAAUGAAUGGACAGUUACUGAAGGGCUGCUUGCCUAUUUUCCAGAACUAUAACAUUUAAUCAUUACCUUUUGCAGAUGCCAAAGGAAAUCAUGCUGUACUUCUGAUGUAAAGUUUUGCACUUAUCUCAACUAUCAAAGUAUUCGAAUUGUACAUUACCAAAUUAUGGAGGCCAAUUGUAAAUUAAUACAAAAAAUGUCAUGCAGCAUACUUUCUGAAGCCAUACUUUAAUAUUGAAAUUUUUAGUAUUACAAUUAUUUCAGCUUCUGAGAUGUUAGGAAAUCCUCCUGAUGGCCCCUGCGAAGAGUACAAGUCAUGCUCAGGCUCCAGUUUGCAAGGGGUUUCUUGCAUUUGCAGGCAGGACCUUAGCAUGAGUGGGAGUUCAUUGCAGAGGAGCACUACCAGCACAGAACUUCUCCCUUGCUGGCUACUCAUUUGCAUAAAUCUACAUUGCUACAGCUGUCAUAAAUAGAUCCAGCGUGUCCUUUGUCAUCUUGUUCCUAGGUGGAGUAAGGACUUUCUGUACAAAUAUUGAUAAACUCUGAUUGCCUGUUCUGAUUUUCUUCAUUGGUCAGUUUCAACUGUAGAGGUGUGAAAUUUUCCAAACCACUUGGUUUCUAACCACCUAUUUUUGCCCCUUGACACUUCCCUUUGGCUUGUGUCUAAAAGCCAAAAAUUCAUAGGGCACUUGCAAGAACCCGGAGGAUUCAUUCAUAUGCCUGGUGUCACUGUGUUUGGUUCCUGCCUGCUUUGGAGGGAAGUAUUCCUGUUCUUUGUAUGUACCAGCACAUCAUGCACUGGAAUACUGGUCCAUGACUGUAUUCCCAACUUCGCUGACAGGCUCUACUGGAUAAGCAACGUCUUGUUUUUCGUUUUGCCACCCAUAUGUAUGUGCUUGUUUCGUCAAUACGCAAUCUGCUUCAACAGUGGAAUAUAUUUAAUAUGGAUUCUGCUAGUCGUGGUUGGAAUUGGAUCUGUUUAUUUUCAUGCCACCCUCAGUUUCUUGGGCCAGAUGCUGGAUGAGCUGGCUGUUCUCUGGGUUUUGAUGUGUGCUCUUGCUAUGUGGUUCCCUAGGAGAUACCUGCCCAGAGUUUUUCGAAAUGACAGGAGCCGAUUUAAAGCUGCUGUGGGUGUCCUGUCUGGAGUUACCACCUGCCUGGCCUUCAUUAAGCCUGCCAUUAACAACAUCUCGCUAAUGACACUGGGAGUUCCCUGCACAGCUUUGCUCAUUGCUGAGUUGAAGAGGUGUGAAAACCUGCGUGUAUACAAAUUAGGUCUCUUUUCAGGUCUUUGGUGGAUGCUAGCACUUUUCUGCUGGAUCAGUGACAAAGCGUUUUGUGAGAUCUGGUCCUCAUUUAAUUUUCCCUAUUUGCACUGUGUGUGGCACAUUUUGAUUUGCCUUGCGGCAUAUCUGGGAUGUGUCUGCUUUGCUUACUUCGAUGCUGCCUCUGAGAUCCCUGAGCAGGGCCCUGUCAUAAAGUUCUGGCCCAGUGAAAGGUGGGCCUUCAUUGGAGUUCCCUAUGUCACCCUUCUCUGCGCACACAAGAAAAGAUCUGUGAAGAUUACAUGAAGUUGGAAGCCAUGGAAUGGGGAUGGAUUUUCAACUUACAUUCCAGCACAGACAAUAUUUAUAUAAUGAUAAAUGACUACUGUUGUAUUGUCUCUUCUUAAGAUAGGCAGCACUUCAAGUGUCAUAGGAAAAGGGAAGUGUGUUCAUUCCUCUUUGAAGAAGAGAGAGGAAGCAGGAACAUGGGGGCACUUGAACACUAAAGUAACAAAAUAUCUUCUUUGGUUUUGCGCCGUGUUUUUGAUGUAGCAUAAAAGCUCUUUUCAAAAACCAGGAUCAAGGAAUGAUCUUUUUGUAGUAGGUCACCUUUGGUGCUUGAUCCACUUCUUUUGUAACUUUCUUUGUGAGAGAAAGCAGUCCAAGAUGCCUACAUACCAUCCUGUGUCCUUCUUAGCUCUGAUUUUGCUGUGUUUACAAAUGGCCACAAGAGUGUGCUCAAAGCCCAUGCUGUUCCCAGCCUGGUAUGGCACCCAGGCUGUGCAUUGCUUUGGAUCACAGAAUGCAUGGUUGCUUCCCCAAGUUCAAUAGGAGAUGAGUGUUUGCAGCUGGAUUACUCUGUACAUGCAAUUAGGCUACGUAAAUGAAGAGUGAGCUGACAGAAGUCCAUAAAACUAGGUAGGAGUUCAAGGAUUUUAUUGUAUUUCCACUGUCCUGUGAAUACUUGUAUACUGCAUAUUUCUUUCUUGCAGAAAUGUCACAGAAAUCCCUCUCUACCUCUUGAGACAUGCUUGGUUUUGAAUUUGGCUCACAGAAGUGUGAACAUUACCUUCACUAAGAUCUCAGGUCAGCAUUGAUUGACAGUGUGAUUAAACUAUAAAAACUCAUAGGUGCCUAGCUGCACAUCUAAUUUGAGACCUGACUUCUCACCAGUGCAAAGUGAUGUAAAAAAUAGUCCAGUGCUCUGCUGGUUAUACAUAGGAAAAAAGUAGAUAACUGCAGACCUAGAUUUCAGUGAGCAAUGAGAUGUGAUACUUGCAUUCUUGCAAAAGAUUCCAAUUUUCUGGGUUUUUUCAGCCCAUUUUGUAAAGAUAAGGGAUGUCUAGGUCCAUUUAGUUUUAAGAUUAUUGGUAUUGAGGUUCAAGAAUGGCUGUAGUUCUUGCAACAAUGCCUGUUUUAAAAAAUGGUGCAAAGUGCAGCCAUGUUUUUCAAGUAUGAGCAAUUGUAGCUGCUAAUAGCUGCAGUUUUGGAGAAAAAAGGGUCUACUCACAUUCCUCAGAACUCUAAUAACAGAUCUCUAAGUGGGAUAAGGCUUUGAAUGUACACUUUUAUUAUUAAGUAUUAUUUCCUUUUUUAGUAUUAGACCAUAAAAUAUGAUUUUCUCUUUUGCUUAUAUGUCUCAUGUACUUGUUUUUUAUCAAUGCAAAAAUGUACUCUUUACAGUAUCAUCUUUAUGAAAGUGGCUUUUAGCAAGAACUUCGAGCUGAAUUAAUUUUUAAGCAUUUGAAAACCUUUAAAACGUUUAUAUUAAAAUUUAUGCUUAGAAAGCAGGAAGUAAGGUGUAUGCUGAUGCUCUUGAAGCAAACUGUAAGCAGGAGAUAUGCCUUUUUCAUGAAGCCUUCAAAACAGGUGAGUAGACUACUGUCAGGUGACUGCCAAAUCUUAAAAGCAGGACAGACAUAAAAUGGAACACUACAUAUUUAUAAUACUUGAUAGUAGAUUUGAAAUAUCUGGUUUUUUGACACACAGUGAUAGAAUUUUUGUAUGAAAUCUGUUUAGAAAAAUUUAUGUAGUGAUGUUUGUUAGUCUUUGAAACAACAGCUAUUUUUCCUUUUCCUUCCUCUCCCCCUGAUUAUGAAAUGCUCAGCUUCAAACACUUCUCAGGUAUUAAAAGUUCUAUUACUAUUAGAUUCUUAUACAGAUAGGAUUGCUGGCUGGAACCCAGCUAAGUUUUCUGAUGCCUAACAUGGCCCUACUUUGAGUAAGACUUUUCAAUAGUGUUUGCUAAAUUAUUAUGUUAUGGUAAGUAAGUUAUUUUCAGUAUUGCUUGGGAACCUAAUAACUGCAGACAUAAUGUACUAUUCAAAAUGACUGGAGCCUUUUUACUCAAUAUUUUGCUUGAAAGCAGCCUCUGACUCAAAGGGCUCUAUUUAAUCUGCUGUCGGUUGCUGUCUUCUACUCUGCAGUCUGACUGCUCACAAAGAAGUAAUUUUGUAAUUUAAAAAGUCUCAGUAGGGCAUUCAGCUAUUGAAGAAGUAUAUUAAUGCAGAUAAAAGGCCAAGAAUCAUCCCCUGUGUUUUUAUUAUCUAACCUCUAGCCUUUGUACUCUUCGUGGGAGAUUUUGUGAGCAAAGGUUACUAUGUGUUGUUCAAAGCUUCACUGUAGAACUGAUUGGAGUAUUCCUCUGUAGCAGCAGCUCACCACUUACAGAUUUAGCUAUUUCACGUUACAUUAAAUUAGUAUUAACGUAUAUAACUGAAAUUAGCUACACUUAUUUAAAAAAUAAAAAACAUUCAUUUUUUACGAGUUUUAGAAAUUGCAUCUACUCAAUAAUAUUAGUACCCAAAGAAGUAUAUGGUUGGCAUACGGAAUAGUCUUUGCACUGGAUCAUACAGAUUGAUAGAGUAUGCACAAAGAGCUGUAUUACAUUUUAGUAGAAAGUGAUUUAUAUGCACCUGCAGGUUUCAAAGCCCCAGGAUGCUUUCUUUCCCUGCUGGCAGGAAGUGAGUUAGUUCCUAGUCUUUAGGUUCAGUUAGUAUUUUAGUCUAUUUACUGGGAUGCAAUACUGUGUUGAGCAUAUUGUAAAUAUUGACAAGGGAUUUCCAUCAUUCCUUUAAUGUUAAGCUUCAGGUUUUUAAAGAAAGGAUGGUUAGUUUUUGGUGUUAGCAAACACUCAAUUUACAGUCAUUAACUCAAGAAAUACUAUGUAAGGAGUAGUGUAGGGUUGGGGGUUUCUUCCAUCUCCAUUUAAGUCUGUGUACUAAAUGUUUGUGUAAAACAUGUAAUACUUUACAGCAUUAAACUGUAUUUGGAGUGAA